AUGAAGAUCGAAUUUGCUCCCCGCUCGAUCCCUCUGGAGAGACGGCUGCAGACCGCCAGCGUGGUCCAGUGGGUCUUCAGUUUCAUGGGCUUAGGGCUCUGCUGCAUCGCCGUCUUCGUUGGCCUCCUCUUCACCCGCUUCUGGAUCCUUAGCGUGCUGUACAGUGCGUGGUGGGUCUACGACUGGGACACACCGAACAAAGGUGGCCGGAAAAUCAAGUGGAUCCGGAAUAGUGUUAUCUGGAGAUACAUGAGGGACUACUUCCCCGUCACGCUAGUGAAGACGGCGGAUUUGGAUCCUACCCAGAACUACCUCUUUGGCUUUCAUCCCCAUGGGGUCCUGGUGGCCGGGGCCUUCAUCAAUUUCUGCACUGAAGCCACAGAGUUCUCCAAGAUUUUCCCUGGGCUCAGCCCUCAUCUGAUGAUGCUGGGUCUCUUUUUCAGAGCCCCGUUCUUCCGCGACUACAUCAUGAGUGGAGGGUUGGUUACCUCCGACAAGGAAUCUGCUUACUACAUUCUGAGGAAGCCAGGAGGUGGGAAUAUCCUCACCAUCGCAGUAGGAGGAGCGCAGGAAGCUUUGGACGCCCGGCCGGGAGCGUAUAAGCUGCUGCUGGCAAACCGGAAAGGGUUUGUCCGGCUGGCCCUGCAGCAUGGCAUCCGACUGGUCCCUGUUUUUUCCUUUGGAGAGAACGAGCUGUUUGAUCAAGUGGAGAACCCCAAGGGAUCCUGGCUGAGGUGUAUCCAAGAUUUCUUGCAGAAGUACAUGGGUAUUUCGCUCCCUCUCUUCCACGCCCGAGGGAUCUUCCAGUACAGUUUUGGCCUGCUUCCUUACCGGCGGCCAAUCUGUACCGUGGUUGGAAAGCCCAUCCACGUGGAAAAGAAGCCCAACGCCAGUGAAGAAGAGGUGGACAAGUUGCAUCAGGUAUACAUGGAAGAACUGAGUAAGCUUUUCGAAGACCAUAAACUGAAGUACAAUGUUCCAGAGGAGCAGCACCUUACUUUCGUAUGAAACCCCAUGAUUCGCCUUGGCUCCCUUUUCCACGCUGGGUUGGAUCCAAGGAAAGUAAACAUGUAGUUCCUACCAUGACUGUUACUUCAAGCAACCAUGCAAAGAUUUAUGAAAUGUGAAUGUCCCUUGUCUGUUCUCUACUACGGCCAUGCCCAACUAGGGCUGUGGCAAAUUGCAAAUUUGAAGGGGGCCACAGAUUCAUCCUUGUUUGCCCACAGCCAAAGGCUCCCCUUG